CACGUUUAAACACCCCAUUCUGUACGACCAGUGGCUGACGUACGUACCCGACUUGUAUGACAGUGCACAUCUUUCCCUCCCCCUCAUUUGUAUAGCAUGAACGGCAAUACAAGCAUCAGCAAGAAUGCCGGCCUUGCAUGACAAAUUUACACUGAAGUGUAGUGCUAUUUGGGCUACAGCCAGAACUUGUCAUGCAAACAGUGCCAAGAGGCAGAGCCUGGAUUUGGCUAAUUGCAUGACAAACGAGGGGGCGGGGAAGUUGUGCACUCUCAUAACUUGAAAAAAGCGAAUACCAUGGAAGAGAGGGACAAGUCUGUCAUGCCGCAGACGCACAGAGAAUUUCUCCAACAGCUCGCACUGGAACAGGUGGUAGACGAAAAAGGGUCCUCGUGGGUACUUGUCGAGGACACAGAGCAACAAGAGGUUCUUGUUCUAGAGGAGGCAGGAGAGGGACACGACGAGCAUGGCGGCGUGGCUGCAUCAAAUGACUAC